UUACAAACAUUGCAAAAGCAAAAACGCGUGGAAAAUCGAAAAAGAGUGCAAUCAAUAUCGGGACAAUUUGGAAAGUUUUACGACGAAAAAUAUAGAAAUCAAAAAUAGAGACGACGAGUGGUUGUCGUUGGCGUAGUUGGUCAUUUUCAUAUUUAGUUUGUACGCUAAACUGUAUCAAAAAACCAUCGCUCUCUUUUCGCUGGUCUCAUCGCUUCCGGAGCGUGGUCGUAGCUGAUACAAGAUUACACUAUCAUCAUUUAGAUAAUCGUCCCACCGAACUUGAGACGCUUGUGUUAUCUUUUGCCGUACGAAAAGCGCAAUGCGUGGCAUAUAGAGGGAUCGAAUGUUUGAGAGUUUACUUUGCCAGUGAGUGACGAUCGUCGGUGUUUAGGUGAACGCAAGUACGAAAACCGAGUGGUGUGCAGUUUCCGGUAGGUUAACACCGUAAGAAGCACCGGCAAGAAUAGUAAUGACGCGCCACGCUUUAUCCGUUGUGGUGCCUCAGGUCCUGCGAAUAUGGCGCCGGCAAGCGGGACUACACUUCGUCGUUAGUACGUUCUGCUGGUUCACGUUGAUAUCAUUCGUAUGGUGCGGUGCUAACAAUCUUCACAUGAACGAUGGCGUACGUACGCAGGACAUCAUUGCAGGUGAUGUGUUUUUCGAAAUUCUAGAACCUUCGGCCUUGGAGUACACGUAUCGGUUGCGACCAGCGAAAGAUUUCGGUGGCACGUUUGGCAUUUCAUACAAAUCUCCGCAAGGGAAACUGGUACCGGCGAUUCCAGCGGAUGCGUGCUCUGCAAAAUUCGAAAACGCCGAUGAGCUGGAGGGCAACAUUGCACUCGUCGAGCGGGGCCACUGUUCGUUUCUAACCAAAGCCAUCAACGUGGAAGCGAUAGGCGGCGCAGCCAUAAUUGUGACCGAGUAUGAUACGGAGAUCGAUGACUUUGACUACUACAUCGAGAUGGUGCAUGACAAUACCGACCGCGAUACCGACAUUCCGGCUGGAUUUUUGCACGGCAAGAAUGGAAUAAUUAUUCGACAGACGCUAAAAAAGAUGAACCUACCGUACGCGAUCGUGAACAUUCCCGUCAAUCUCACCUUCAUACAGCCGCACAUGAUAAAUCAACCGCCUUGGUUGCCUUGGUAAACGAGCCAUAAAGCGGUGGUAACUUGAUAUUUUAUCGGCUCGGCAACCGACAACACCAUCUGCCGGAAACCGAACAAAGCAAACCAGUGUUGAACACAAAGAUGACUGAAACAAUGAGGACGCUAAUGCUGUUGUUGGGGAAAAUGUUACUAUCAUGGCUCUGGUUGGCGGACAGUCGCCAUGUGCUGGAGUGCUGUAGCACAUGGGAUGUUGCAACGAGACUUAACACUCACUCGGUAACACUUGCACGAAAAGAUCUGACGCAGACUCGUUUAUUGAAACCGUUUUGGACCAGCACCGGAUUGUGCCCACCGGAGCCGCGCAAUGCAAGUGCAGCUUUUUUGCUAUCGGAAGACACGUUGACAAACCUGGAGCUCAUUGGCUCUCUGCCGGCUCGUGGUUUUAGCCAUGUGCGGAUCCAUUGGCUUCUAGAGCUUCUUGAAGUGUAAGUUACAUCUAAAACCUUCCUAAGCGUAACAUCACAUUAUCUUCAAUGGCUAGAAAAUGGAACCAUAAUUUGAAUUUUCUUUCCAAAAACCAACGAUUGCAAGCAGUGUAAGCAAUAUAUCUCCAAUUCCCCAAGACCAUACAGAGUAUGAGUAUGAUGUCAUGAUAGGGUAUGACACAGCAGCUGAUUGUGAUAACUUUGUUGUAAAAUAUAUUCUUUUAAUGACGAGA